CUUUUCUCUUUCUUUCAUGAGCCAGCCGUUACGAGGCAUAGCAGCUGCUACAUUCACUCACACCAUUGCGCACCGAAAGGCGCUACAAAACCCCAAAGCAAAACGGCAGAUACGGAAAUACUACCUCGGCAUCGGCGUCGCGCCAUGGUGGCGGUGGGCGUCGGCGACGACGGCUGGGCGCGGCUCACCUCGCGCUCUGACGCCGCGGAGGGCCUGGGGCGGAGGCAGGAAUGGGAGGUGGAGUUCGCCCGCUACUUCGCUUCCCCCCUGCGCGACACCUCGACGACGACGACGACGCCGCCGCCGCCCGGCGUCCGUUACGUCACCAGCGCCACGGAUUGCCAUCCCGGCGCCUGGCUCCCCGCCGCCACGCCUGCCGCUCUUCGCGUCUCCCGCUCCAGCCACCCCUCCGCGGCCCCAGUCCUCACCGUCUCCGUCAUCGGUGUCGUCUUCGAGGAGCACUUUGUGUCUAUCCUCAACUUCUCAUGGCCUCAGCUCACAUGUGGGGGACAAUGCCCAGGAAGUGGGAGCAGGGUGCUCUUUGUGAGCUUUUGUGAUAAAUCCAAGCAGAUACAGAAGUUUGCUCUACGUUUCCCACAGCUCAGUGAUGUGGAGUCGUUCUUAAAUUGUGUGAAGGAAUGCUUAGGUGACACCAUGGAUAUUGCAUCAUCUGGAUGCGACUACAUAUGUGAAGAUUCAUCAUCACGAUCAGAAUACAUUGCUUCCAAUGAACUUCCCCACAGCUUUGAGGAGCCAGCUUCAGAUCACAGGACAGAGGCACCAGCAUUAUGCUACCAUGAGGAACCAGACCUGCCUGUUUCUGAACCUCUCCUUACUUCCAACAUUGACAAUAUCAACUCUGGUUUCCCUCUUAGUUUCACUGAAAUGCUGACAAAUUUGUCAUCUGAGACUGAAUAUGCAUUGUGCAUGUACGGAUCAGAUGCGGUGGACCUGCAUCAACUGGGUGGAACUGACCAUCCUCAAGAUGUAUUGUAUGGCGGAUCAGAUGCGGAGGACCUGCAUCAAACUGACCAUCCUCAAGAGAUAAUAUAUGGCGGAUCAGAUGCGGAGGACCUGCAUCAACUGAGUGGAACUGACCGUCCUCAAGAGGUGUUCACACAAGAUACUUGUCAUGAUGUAUUUCCUUCAAUGGCAGUUGCCAGUAAUGAAAAUACUGCUGAUAAAGAAACUGAUACUAGCAAGUCAACAAAAGAAAUUGAUACUAGUAAAUCAACAAGUGAUAUUAUGGCAAGGAUAAAGACAUAUAUGGCUGAUGAGUCAUUCCAUGAUAUGCUGUCCAAGCUUGAGAGAGUCAUUGAUGAACUGGGUGUGGACUUGUCAGUCUACUCCUAGAUAUAUAUAUAUAGGCAAAGCUCCUCAUUGCCGUGUGAAGCCUCUGUGUUUCCCUGCUCCGCUGGAAAUUGAAAUGCAGAAUGUGGUGGUAGUUCACUCGGUGGUUCCUGAAUUGUUGCUUCUAAAUUCUAAUCCUAGCAAAGUAGUCACGUACGCAUGGAUAGGAACUUAGCGGGGUUUAUAUAUUGUGCAUCAUUGUGUUAUAGUAUGUACAUUGGUGUGUUGUGUUAUGCCUAUGCUGCUGCGUGAGAACAGAUGGUACGAAAAUGGCAAAUCAUGUAGUACAUGUGUUGGUUUAUAAAUAUAUGUAUAAGUGGCCCUGCAUAAUGAUAUACUAGGAUCAAGGGUCAUUGAUAACA